AUGGAUAAUUAUUCUCUCAACUGCUACUGUGACGAAAAGGUACUGCUGAAAAGACAGGAAACUAAAAGGAACGUGGAAAAAGUGCUGCCUCUCGUUGAUGAGAUAUUGAGAUACGUUCACUCCCGGGAUAAACGCUUUCUGAUACAGCCACUGAGAGUAGGCAGUUAUGACACGCGCUUGAAAGUCGAGAAAGCGGACGAAUUUGACUACAAUGUUAUCGUUGAUAUCGGCAAAUUGGUGUGGGCUUCAGGGGGAAAACGAUACUAUGGGUUUGGCAACACCAGGGACAAAGUAGUGGAGAAAAAGGGAUACGCGUUUCCGGAUCCUCCUGUUGGGCAGCACUUAACCGAAAUCGCUUCAAGUAGGAAGAAAUGGGAUGCCGACAGAUUAAACGAUGGAGUGUCGAGCAUGACAUUUGAUGACGAUAUAGUCCCAAUUAAAGUCAAAAGAAUAUUCAAGUCACUUGUUGGCGAAGCAGUCAACCAACCAAAGUUCAGAAACCUGAUAUCAACAGACAAAAUAUCGAGUUCUCCUGCCACCACACUAUCUGUGAAGUUUAGUGACACUGGUUACCCAAUCAGCAUUGAUCUGUGUCCGAUGAUUGAAUCUCAGCUGGAAUUUAAACCCGAAUUUCACUGGCCUCGGCCAAACAGCCAAUGGCCUUCGCAACAAAAGAGGAUGAUCAUAAAGAAAAUAGGCGCGAAUGAAAUAGCCAAAGAGCCAUUCUAUUGGACACUGUCUUUCGCCGCUUGCGAAAAGGAACUUCUGGAAGGAAUCGACAUACAUGGGACAUGUCGAAAGAAAAGUCAACGAAUCAUGAAGAGACUGAAAGAGGACGUGUGGUGCCCACCUGACAUGAAAAACGAACUGACAUCAUACCACCUGAAGAAUGUGCUGUUCUGGGAAUGUGAGGAUCGUCCCUCUGAGACUGAAUGGCAGCAGGAACUGCUGGCGGAAAGAGUGACCACUAUGACGUAUCGUCUUCUCGGCUAUCUCCAGAGAGGAAACCUGCCACUGUACUUCCAUACCGGAGUCAACCUGCUUUCCAGCAAAGAUAAGGAUGUACUCCAUCAGGUGGCAACAAAUAUCAAGUCAUUUCUCGAUCAUCCACAGCAGUAUUUGUCGGUAUAA